UAACCUAGGACACGUGGCCCAACACCCGGCACCGACAGUAACCUAGGACACGUGGCCCAACACCCGGCACCGACAGUAACCUAGGACACGUGGCCCAACACCCGGCACCGACAGUAACCUUGAACACGUGGCCCAACACCCGGCACCGACAGUAACCUUGAACACGUGACCCAACACCCGGCACCGACAGUAACCUAGGACACGUGGCCCAACACCCGGCACCGACAGUAACCUAGGACACGUGGCCCAUCACCCGGCACCGACAGUAACCUAGGACACGUGGCCCAUCACCCGGCACCGACAGUAACCUAGGACACGUGGCCCAUCACCCGGCACCGACAGUAACCUAGGACACGUGGCCCAUCACCCGGCACCGACAGUAACCUAGGACACGUGGCCCAUCACCCGGCACCGACAGUAACCUAGGACACGUGGCCCAACACCCGGCACCGACAGUAACCUAGGACACGUGGCCCAUCACCCGGCACCGACAGUAACCUAGGACACGUGGCCCAUCACCCGGCACUGACAGUAACCUAGGACACGUGGCCCAUCACCCGGCACCGACAGUAACCUAGGACACGUGGCCCAUCACCCGGCACCGACAGUAACCUAGGACACGUGGCCCAUCACCCGGCACCGACAGUAACCUAGGACACGUGGCCCAUCACCGGGCACCGACAGUAACCUAGGACACGUGGCCCAUCACCGGGCACUGACAAACCCAACACCAGGAUGUUUAACCCACAUCACCAGCAGCAGCAUCACCACCAGCAGCAACAACAGCAGCAACAGUUUCACCAUCACCUGCGACAGCUUCAGCAACUGUUCCAGCAUCAGCCCCCUCCACCGCCACCACCUCCACCGCCACCACAGCCACCUCCAUCACACCAUGUUCCCCAUCACCACCACCACCACCACCACCAAGGAGGACGCGCCAUGACUGUAACAGCUCCUGCUCCGCCUCCUCCCCGUAUGGUCAACCUGGCUGCCCAGGCCACCAUCAUGGCCCCCAACCCAAUGUUACAGGGAGCUCUACUGAUGCAGCAGAUGCAAGGAAGCAUGCGGGGGUUUGCAGCAAUGAGUGGGCAGCAGUUCACACAGUUCUUUGCUGCUGGAGCCCGGUCCUCACUUCUGGGGCCUGUACCCAUGGGUGUGGCCAUCAAGACCCCCCAUAUGGGCUUCCCUGCCCGACACUACCACCCCCACGCCCGCUACUACAACAAUGACUAUGCUUCACGGCAGCCUGAUAGGAAGAGGGCCAACGAGCAGAGAGCCUCAGGGAGCACAGAUGGCCAACCAGCAGCCAGCGGGACAGCGGAGGAUAGCAGUGACAAGGCUCUGAAAGAUGGACGUGUGGGAGGGCCAGAUGGACAGGCACAGCCCUCUGUCCAAGCAGAACCUGAGGAGCCAGUACUGAAGAAGCAGAGGACAGAGGGGUUAGAGGGGACCGCGGAGCAGCCUGCUGAGACUGACAGUGUCCUGACUACAGCACAGUAUAAAAGGCCAACAGAAAGUCAGCCUGGAGUCUGUGUCAUCCUCCAUGAGGGGGGGAGCAUGGCCGGACCAGAGGCUGCUGAGGCCCUGGAGGAGAGCAGAGCUGCCCAGGUCCAAAGUGAAAUGUCGGCCAUGCCAGCCUCCGAGCCGCUGAGUGCUGAGAGCCAGGCUUUCACUCCAUGUUUGGACAUGGCAGAAGGCACCGCUGCCCAAGAGACAUCAGAAGGAGGGCAGGAAGAAGCCACAGCUGCUCCAGGGUUAUUGGCAGAAGGGCAGGAGGAGGGGGGAGAUGCUGCCAACAAGUUCUAUUGCUACAUCUGCAAUAUCACCUGUCACAACCAGCAGAUAUUCCAGAGUCACAUGAAUGGCCUAGCCCACCAGCAGAGGAUGAUGGAGAUCCAACACAUGUCCAAUGCCUGUCUGGUCACUCUGCUGCCCCGCGUCCAGGAGUCACUACAGGGUGGUCGCCGGGACGCCUCCUCCUUCAGGGACGGUGAGAAGAGACCUGGUCUGCAGCGUUGGUGUGCUACCUGCCAAAUCCACUUCACUUGUCCAGUCAUGGAGCACCGCAAGACCAGGGAGCACAAGCUGUUCAGCCGCGCCUCCAGCCCCUCCUGCACUGUCUGUAAGAGGGACUUCAGGAGCCCACGCCUGUUCCUGGAGCACAUGCAGUCCCAGGAGCACAAACUGAGAGUGGAUAAGCUCCGGGAGGAGGGAGGGCCAGACUCACUGGCUGAACUGGUUGCCAUGGACACACAUGGCUGCUGUGUAGCUGAUGGAGAAGAAGAGGAGGAGGAGGAGGAAGAGGGGGAUGAGGAUGAAGAUGACCGGGAAGAUGGUGGAGAAGGCAGCGCCCACGGAAAGGAGCCCUGGCCGACCCAGAUGGAGGUGGCUUUACUGGAGGACGUGGCGGAAGACGAGGAGUAUGACCCAGACACAGUGUAUGGUUCUAGUUUUGUGGUUCCCAUGGCUGGGUUCCUUUGUAGACUCUGCCAGCGGUUCUAUCACUUUGAGUCGGCAGCCCGCCAGUCUCACUGCAAGUCGCUCCAACACUUUGAGAACCUCAAGAAGUACAGGGCCUUGCGUAGCCAGAAGGAAAGCCAGGUGGAACCUACUCCCGCAAACAUGGAUGGAGAGGCAGAGUGUGACAGUAAUCACACAGUCUCCGAUUCAAAACGCCUGUCCCCAGAGCUCCUCACCAGCCCUUCCUUACUCCGCCCCACCAUGUCCACACCCAUACCGAGGCCAUCGAGGUGCUGCACCGAACCCCAGGAGAACGCUCCCUCAGCCUCGUGUUUAUCCCAGCAGGACCCCACCACCACCAGCAGCAGCCCCACCACCAGCAGCCCUGAGGGGACCGCUGCCGAAGCCUCCCCAGAGCAGCAGAGCCCAGUAGGGCCAGAGGACAAGGAGGAAACGCCAAACCCAGACCUAGCACCAGAGGACGAGUCAGGCUUAGUCACAGCAGAGAUGGAAGAAGCAGAGGCGGCUGCUCCGGAGGAGAAGACUGGCAAAGGGAAGGCAAAGGGCUCGUCCAAAAGGAGGUAUGGGAGGACAACACGGAGACGGUGAAAGAGGGAUGAAACAGUGGAAGAUUAUAUCCAGUACACUCGCUACCCUGGGGUCCCCGCCGCCUCUUCUAUGUAACCCAAUAGACCAAGAUGAAACAACUGAAAAACGGCGAUCCUCCAUCCUGUGUUUCAUAGGUGUUUAGGUGUUGAGUUUUUUAAUGACACAACCACAACGUGAUACAGAUGUAUUUCUAAUGGGCAUUCAUUUAGAACCUGACUGAAGACGAGCACUGUUGGGAAACAAAUUUUGGAUGUGUGUGUGUGUUGCUAUCAUAAAGUGUUAAAGGGAAGUUCACCCAUUUUUAUGUGGCCUUAUUUCUGUUCUUUCUGUGCUUAAACGGUUUGGGAUCACUCAUUUCUUUUUAAAAUUUCAUUAACCCCCUCAUACAUCAGAUUAUUUUCUGGAUAAUUUCUUUGCACUGAAUUGUAUGAAGUAGAUUCACUGUACCAUAGAUCCAUGUUUGAAUUAUGCUGGGGUAACAACAACUUGAACAAAUAGGGAUUUUUGGGACAGUGUUUUAAACAAUUCAGGACAGAUGUUAUCCAGAUUUAGAUUCUGAUGGGUUUCUAGCUGGCUAUUUAUAAGGCGGUGGGGCGAGGGACAGGGUGCUGUUCGGUUGGCUUGACAGCGUGUAGGAAAUUUAUGUUUUAAACGUUUUCAAUAAAAAUAAAAAAAAUGUAAAUGAGUUUCAUAACAUUCUUUGAAACAUUUUUAGUAUAAUGUAAUGAAAUGAAAGAGAAACUGUUUGGGAGAUCAACUUUAAGCACAAAGAAUGAAAAUAAGGCCAUGUGUAACUAUUGGUGAACUUACCUUUGUAAAAUGUAAAGUGAAAACAGUUGGUUUUACUUCAAUGCAUUGUGUUUUAGCUAGCUAUCUAACUCAAUAGCAUAUUGUAGCUGUUUUUAGGAAGGGAGUGGUGGUGUUUUAGUCUAGGCAUUUCCCACAAGGCUAAUGAAGCUAGCUUUAGCUUUUAGUAAGACAAAAUGUAGCAGCUCUGCUGAACUGAGUGAAGUAUUAUGUGGGGCUUUUAUCAAAAAUUAGUUUCUGAGCGUGGUGGGACUGAAAUGGCUAAAGUAAACUACUUUUGAAUUUUGAGAAAUGAAGACUCUUCAUUUAAUCCUAGAUUUGUUGAAGUCCUCUACAUAUACACACUUGAACGGUUCUUUAGGUUUCUUGGGAAAUGUUCACACUUACCAGAUUAAGGGAUUGGUUAGAGUUGGUUUCAGGUGGAAAAGGUCCUAACUGCUUGAUCAGUUAUGCUCAGAUACACUGUAAGCUGCUGCUUUCCCCUUGUCACUGUACUACUGAAGACAUUCUAAGUGUUUAGCUCUUUGAUCCAACUGGUAUUGCAACCAAGUUGCACACAAAUGUUGAAAAGUAUGUGAUUUUUGGAACAUAUGGUGUUUCGGCUGUGUUAGUGAGCAGAUUUAGUAAGCCUUCAGAGUGUAGCUGCUCUUAAUCAACUUUAAAAAUGUUGUAUUAAACAGUUGUCUGUUGGAUUAGACAAGACCUAAGACCAGAACACUCCUAGAAUAGAUCCUCCAUAGUUUGUUCUAAACAGAGGACAAGUUGAGUAGGCCUACCUUUGGCCAGAUUAUAGGGCCAUUUCCAAAGCCUGUAACCCCAUUCAUGUUUUCCAGAUUUCCUGAACUGAAAGCAAUGUUGCAUUAACAAGCGUAGACAUCACAACCCAAACAUUACAUUAAAAAGAGUUGAAUAGUU